AAUCUUCCAGUUGGACGACUGAUAAAUAUGAGUGGCUUCUACAUAUCAGAACAUUGUCUUGAUAGUUAGUUUAAAAAAGUCUUCAGAUCCCAUCCUAGCGCGUCGAGAAAGAGCCGCAGGCAGACGAUAAUUCUCGAAAAUGACAUGUCUUCAAAAUCCGGACCUCUGUCUCUUUGCCAGAGAUGUCAAGAAUGGGGCAAAAUCAACAUCCACAAUAUGACUUACGGAGACAUCAUUAAUCAGGCGGGUGAUAAAUCUACUACAAUCAAAGAGUACGUUAGCAUCGAGCAGCUAGCUCAGCAACCCUAUUGUGCUAUCUGCACUUCCAUCCUCAAUGUAUAUUAUAUGCGCAGCCAAGUCAUUCCUGUGCUUCAAUCAUGGCCUGCCCGGCGGAUCGUCGUCUGUAUCACAGGCCCCUUCUACCUAGACAAGGGAAUUUCCAAUGCUGGUAAACUCUUACCUCGUGGGCCUGACAUCUCGGACCCAAAUUACAUCGCCAUUAGGAUGUUUCUAAAAAUCGAAGUGUCAACUCUACCUUUAGAGAGCUCGGAGGAAAACAAAGAGGAACCAAGUUUUACCUAUCGUGUCGGCCAAGUUAAUGUAGCCAUGAAAGAGGUUUCUGGUGCGCCGACGCAGUUUACUGCCACUCCGCAAUUCGUGAUGAAAUACUCGAACGAGGCGACUCCUGUGUUGUGCGACAUCAACGAGUGGGAAAUACCGUUCUUUAAUAUCCAAGUUCUGAGAGACUGGCUGAGACAUUGUGACGAGUAUCACGGGAAGCAGUGUGUCGAUCAAAAUAAUAAAAAUGCUACCCUUCCUGUCGGCUUCCGAGUCAUCGAUACGCAUGAUAUGAAGAUCCUGCAACCCAACGGUUUCGUUCGGUACGUCGCGUUGAGUUAUAUGUGGUCAGGAGAAUCGGGUAAUGAUAUCCAAUUGGAAGAGUCUAACGUUGAAGGGCUUGAGGUGAAGGACAGCAUAAGAGCGCUCUCAAUUCCUGGCGUAAUCGCUGAUGCGAUUGCUCUAUGUCGAGACCUAGGCGAGAGAUUUUUAUGGGUUGAUCGUCUUUGCAUUGUUCAAGACGAUUCAGUUAACAAGCCGAUUCAGAUUAACGCGAUGGACAGGAUUUACUCAUUAGCAAAUUUCACAAUUGUUGCAGCUCUCAACACACGUACUGGCCUGGGGUUACCGGGGUUCACCAACCGGCCCCGGCAUCCGCGUUCUUCAGCCUGGGCCCCACCUCACGAUGCAGAGGUUGAAGCGCAGGGGAUUACAGUUCAACAUAUUAUUGAUGGUUCUGUUGGCACGUCCCUUUGGAAUAAAAGAGCCUGGACUUUUCAGGAGAGAUUACUAUCCAAAAGGCGUCUUUUUAUCACUGAAUACCAAGUUAUUUACGAGUGUUGCAAGGGACAGGCUACUGAACUACUUACAUGGGGCAAUCAGACUGCUUAUGAACCGAUUGCAGGACAAGAUUCGGUAACAAGAGGCGAUUCUUCUUUUGAAGAUGAAGAGACGUCUGGUUCCCAGCAAAUCGAUGAGGUGCUUGGCUUUUAUACCAAGAGCCAAUACAGCGGUAAUUCCUACGCUAUCAAGGAAACAUCCUCAAUACGAGAUUAUUGCUUUUGGGUGAAGGAUUACACCACUCGACAAUUGUCGUUUGGGACAGACAUAUUAAACGCAUUUAUCGGAGUUGGAAAUGCGCUCGGUGCGGCCUUGAGCUCACGAAUGCUCUAUGGUAUUCCUGAAAAAUAUCUUGCUCAGUGUCUUCUGUGGUCUACGUCGGGUGUGGCAUAUCCUCGAGGCGAGACAUACGAGAUACCUAGCUGGAGCUGGGCCUCAUGCUUGAGCCCCGUUCUCUACGAUUGGCGCUAUGUUGACUAUGACAGGUACUUCUUUAAACUAGCAAGUCUAGUUUAUUUCUAUUAUCAGGACCCAGGCCAAGGGUUACGGAGACUCGACGUCGAAGAAAGGUGGAUGGAGGAUGAAAUCUCGAUCGAAGACCUCUCGAGGCGAGAAGACUUACCUGCGCUCUCCGGCAGGCGUAUUCCCGGCGAAUGGAGGACUAAUAGAGAUUGGAGAGAUUGUCCGCAAAAUCCGUGGCGGGCCGUCGAACACCAGACCCUGGAUCCGGAUGCUUGCAGGAUCGCGGCCAUGUUUCCCGGUGCACUUAUUUUCAACACCACCGUCGCUUCUUUAGGAAUAGACCAUAUGUAUUAUAAAGAUGGCAUACCUGAAAAAUAUCAGGUGUUCAACGCCUCUCUUAGUAAUAUAUCGGGUGAGCAUGUAGGAAUCUUGAGCGAAUUGGACUUUGACUGGGUCGAGGCACAUCGUAGUGCUGAAGGCAACAAGAAGCUCUUCGACGUCAUCGUGGUAUCUGGAGGACUGGUGAAAUACUCGAUGAGGAACAAUUACGCUUUCUUCGGCUAUUGGGAUAAGAUGUGGCUCCUCAAUGUCAUGCUAGUCCAAAGGCUGCCCUGUAAGCCGUUCGUCGCUAGGAGGGUCGCCGUAGGGACUGUAACGUUAUCUAAGUGGAAAGAUUGUAAUCCGAGAUGGGAAACUGUUGUUCUUCAUUAAAAAAAUGUUUUUAAAAAUUACCAUAUAAAUGAAAUAAAUUCAUUAAAGCUA